AAGUUUGAUUAGUUCAAUUUAUAGACUCGUCUGCAAAUUAGGGAAAACAGCAUAAUUUACCUUGCCUUAUUUAGGUAAAAACCACUAUCGUACUGAAUAUUACUACCUAAAUAACAGACCGUUUCAUUAUUUAAAAACAUCGCUGACCUUAAAACCGAUUUAUAAACAAACAUCAUAUCGUAUCGAUUACAUACUUUUCGUUUCACCCAAUAGUGCCACCUUGACAUUAUCGGACAUUGACCCUGACCCAAAAUAAAUCAGUGCGAAAAACAAGUUAAGGCGAAAUGAAUAAUGAAUUAAAAAGUGCAAUUCAUAAUUUUGUUAGGAAAAGGUAGCACAAAAUGGAUCUUUUAGCUUUGGAAUUAUUUGUAUUGUGUGUGAUUACUUUAUAUACAAAAUGUACAGGUAUUGUUACGAGCAACGCAUUUAUUGGUAGUUGUAAAACAACUUUAACAUUUAGAAACUCUGCUGAUUCCUUAAUACUUAACUACGAUGGAGAAGUUGUAACCGAUACAUUAGGCAAGCCAUGUGAACCUGUUGUCGAAAUAAAACAUUAUGACGUGUCUUACCCGGGGAAAAACAUGUGUGUAAAACUUUAUUCGGGAUACAACGCUUGUAGGAGAUCCUUCAGAUUUUAUUUUGCAGAGAAUCCGAACAAAUAUUACAAUUGUGGUCAAAUUCAACAUCAAGCAGUGUGUAAACAAUGUGAUACAGUGAUUGCUGAAUUUCAGCCUUGGAACAAAACAGAAAAAUAUACAGGGGACAUUAAAAUAGAUGUGUAUAAACAAAGAUAUAGUGAAAACAAAUCAGUUAAUAAAAGAAAUGAAGCAUUGUAUAUGGGCAUCUUGGUUGGCUGUGUUGUCGUCGUUUUUGCUAUAGUGGUCGUCGCUGUCCGGCAGCAGCAAAAGGCCCGAAAUAAGCGGAGACAAACUGUAGAUCAACCACGACCACAGCGAAACUGGUCAAAAGAUUUUCAUUGUCCGGAUUAUUCUGCUGAGCCGCCAAAAUAUACCGACGUUGUUGCAGCCGACUCUAUUGUGACUUUAGAUGCAACAAAUAUGAAUAGGCAUCAAGGCUCUCGACGUUUACAGGAAGUCAUUAUAUUGCCAUAUGCACCGCCAUUAUUUUGUGACAGUGUUCCUCUAUCGCCACCUGGUAACACAGAACCCGAAGAUAGUCCGCCACCUGUUUACACAGCACCCGAGGAUAUUCCUCCACCACAUGAUGGCACAGUUCUGAAAGAGCCUCCACCGCCGUAUUCAGAGUAUCUACAGCACACAGUUUGAUAAAAUACAGGUGUGCGGCGAGCGGUCAUUUACUGCCGUUCCCAGGGUGUUAUUCUGUAACCAAUGAAAUCUCGCGUUUGUAACCAGUGCACCCUUAUGUUAAACAAACAUGACGUUGACCUCAGUGUCUUAUAAGUAGAAUUUUGCAAACGAUACGCAAAAAGUUACUAUCUACUAUUUGAGGCCAAACGAAAGCCAUUUAAAAUAAACCCGAUAUGUUAACUAGUAAAUGCAGUUGGCUGGAGAGUGAUCCUUUGUUUGCCACUCUUGAAAUGGCAGCGGGAUAACAUUGAGACAACACAUAUACCUCAUUGAUUCCCCCGUAAGUGCAAUGACAGUUUAAAAACAUAUAUUCGAUACAAAUGUGCUAUUCAUUACAAUGUGUUGCUUAUACCUUAAGUGGUUUAUGUAUACAUGUUUCUAUUCUAUAUAACAAUAUACUAGUAUAGCAGGUAUUUGUUUGUUUCAUUGUAAGAGUAAACACCAGUUGCAUUAUUUUCAGGACUGGCAUAGCCACUAGUGAAAAUGUAAGCUACGGUGAACGGUUCUUGAGUGAAAGAUAUUUUGAUCGUACAUGUAAAACAAACAAUUUUUUUUUAUUUUAUGUUUUGACUAAUUCUACCCAUUUUAUAUUUUCUUACCAAUGAAAAAUAUAUUUGAUGUGUUUUUUUUUUGCUGGGAAAAUACCAGAUAUAUUUCACUCAUAUAUUUCUCGAUAAUUCACUGGAAAACAUGUUAUAAAUAUGCAUGUACUUCCCAAGCUAUCCGUGCAUAGAUGCAGUAGUAAACUAUAGCUUCGUCACAUACGCAACAUUUGAUAGCAAUGGUAACUGAAAACGUGUACAGUAAAAUGAGGACACAUUUAUGCAAAUAGUUUAAAAAUAAAUAAAAUUGUAUGAAUUAA